UUUGUCACGAAAUGUUUGUAUGUGUGAUGGUGUCAUGGCAGUCGCCCCACAUGUGCUGCUUUACUUUCAGAAUUUUUUGAAGAAUUUCAGAAUUUUGGUGGUAUAGAGGAGCUAGUGCAAAAUUAAUUCAUUAUGGCAAAGGAUGUAUUAGGUGUUAAUAGUGUAAUAAAUGAAGUACCAAAGUCUAAAAAAAGGCAUCGAAGUCGUGUAGCAAAUGAAAUGAACACAAAGACAGUGACAGAAAGUUAUAAUAUUGUCUCUAAGUUCAAUAAAAAAAAUAAAAAAUCCAAGCAGAAAGGUAAUGUAGAAAGUAAAGAUCCUCUGUCUAGUGAACAGGAACCAUAUCAAAAAAAGAAAAAGAAAAAAGGAAAUAAAAACACAGAAGGUAGCAGGAAGAGGAGCCACUUGGAAUUAAAUAACAGAGAAACUGAAGAUGCAGCAGAGAGCAUUGACAGCGGGUGCAUUGCAGACAACAACUCAGAUAUUGCAGCAGACUUAACUGAUUGGCCACAAGUUAAGAGUGUUUUACUAGAAGAAAAUAAAUUUAUAUCAAACUUCUUAAAGUGGAUGCCUGCUCCUCAGAAAGCAGAUAGUGAAGAAGGUUAUCAUGUCCCACAAGCAAAAAGAGACAACAGAGGGAGCAGAAAGGUACAAAGCGAAAAAAAGUUUAAGGGUGAAGAAAAGUGUGCAGACCUUGCUGAGCUCCAGGAGAAAUAUUUAAGUACACUAGCUGCUUUGAAAGGUAAUAGAAAAAAGGUGUGGGACCCUGCAGCAAGAAAAAAAGAGUCCAAGUUGAAAAAGAAGCUCAGCAGAUUACAAUACAGAAAAAAUAAGAGACAAAAAACAAACAUAAAACAUGAAGGAAUAAACCAGCAGGUAGAUGUUGAGACAGAGAAGGGCUUCAGUCAGGGUACAAAGUCACAAAAACAUACAAUCUACAAUCAGGAAGGAAAGCUAGUGUUCAGUAAAUUUGACUUCUCAAACACCUCAACAUCAGGGGAAAUUGACACUAGCUUAAAACCCACAGACCUAAAGCAGUUACUUUCAAAGGCUCUCAAAGAGAAAGAAAAGAUAAAACGGAUGGAGCAGAAAGGUCAUACAAAAAAGGCUUCAGAAGUGAUUGAACAGAGUGCAUGGUCAAGUGCCUUGCAGAAAGCAGAAGGAGUAAAAGUACGAAAUGAUGUAGAUUUGAUUAAGAAGACUAUCAAGAAGAAAGAAUCAAACAAGAAAACCAGUCAAAAGACUUGGGAACAGCGCAAAGAAAUCAUCGAGAAGAAAAAAACAGAAAAGCUGAAUACCAGGAAGAAGAAUAUUAAGAUUCGAAAAGAAGCAAAACUAAAUAAGAAGAUGAAGAAAAUGAAAAAUAGGGGUCAUAUAGUACCAGGGUUUUAAGUGAUUUUUUUCAGCUCAUUAUUCUAUUAUAUGUAAAUAUUUUGUGGUUUAUGAAUGGGAUAAAGAAAAUUAUUUUGUCAGUUUAAUGUUUAAAUUAUUUUGAGAGUAAUGUCAGUUUAGAGAAAUGCAGUCUGCUGAAGUAAACUAUCAAGCUUCCAAGUUAUUAUUUCUAUACAUAUAUAUUACAGUUUAUACAUAGUACAGUACAAGAAAUGAAAUCAUUGUUAAAUUUAAUUUGCAGCUUUGAAAGUAAUUGAAUAGUAUGUUUUCAAGUGAGUUUUAAGUUUUCAGUAUGUACAAGGAAGUUAAUACAUAGUUUUUCCAGAAUUCAUAAUUAGAAAUAAUUGGCCAAGGUAAAAUAAAAAUAGUGAAGGUAUUUACAGUGCAAUAAAUAGUGCAGGAGAUAAUGAUCAGUCUAGUUUAAUAUUCGUUAUAGACAUCAUAGCUUAUGCAUAAUGUCUUCCCUAUGUACAUCUAAGAUUAGAGUAAAGUAUUGGGGAUUUUUUUUUUUAUUGGUAUAAUAUUUCAAAUUUUUUUUUAGGUUUACAUCUUGGGGCCCACAUGUUGACAUCUUAUUGAACAAGCUAAUCAAGUAGUGAAUGUUACAAAUACUUUCUUAACAUGCUUUUGUGGUUGGGAACUUAUGUUUUAUCCAUCAAUAUCUCUAAUAUGAAGUUAAAUAAAUGUAUUGAUAUCU